GAUGAAGUAUUCAAGCAAGACGUGUGUUCUCAGAGCUGAUCAGAAAGAGUCGGGUUUGAACAGCUGUACACCACAUGUUAGAUAAGGAACAUUCUCAUUCAAUCUUGGUGUGUAUUUUUCCCAGUCAAUGCCAGAAUCCAAAAGCUGCACUAGAAAUUGGUGAUUUUUAAUUAUGUGAAAUUGUACAUGGUUGAAUUUUGAAAUGUGAUCCAUAACGGUACAAUUAGGCUUUCAGUAUCUCAUUUUCAGGGCGGCACGGUGGCUAAGUGGGUAGCACUGUCGCCUUACAGCAAGAAGGACCUGGGUUCGAUCCCCAGGUGGGGCAGUCCGGGUCCUUUCUGUGUGGAGUUUGCAUGUUCUCUCGAGUCUGCGUGGGUUUCCUCCCACAGUCCAAAGACAUGCAAGUGAGGUGAAUUGGAGAAAAAUUGUCCAGGACUGUGUUUGAUAUAACCUUGUGAACGGAUGAAUCUUGUGUAAUGAGUAACUACUGUUCCUGUCAUGAAUGUAACCAAAGUGUAGAACAUGACGUUAAAAUCCCAAUCUCAUUUUCAUUUUGUUAGUGGCUUAUUUAAUAAUAUUGCAUAAAAAUAAAAAAAUUACAAUAUGCUUACAAUAGUUUAUUGCAAAUUUACCUCUCCCUGAUAUCCUUCAGUCUAAAAGAGUUUUGCAUUGAAGUAACUUGCCUUUUGGACCCCAUCCAGUAAAUCAUGCCUUCAGUGCCCUCCACCAAAGAGAGUGACGUCUCUAAACCAGUCUGCCCGUUUGCUGGAAAAAAGGGCAACAGCACUGUCAGUGAUGGACAAUUCCAGAAAAAUGAAGGGGGGCACACAGAGAAAGACAAACUGCGCUUUAAUGAUGAUGUAAAUCAAGCAGUUCAAAUAAACAAAGACAACGGGGCCAUAGAGAGGAUAUGGAUUCGUCCUGAUCUCCCCAGCAAGUGCACCUGGAACCUGAAAACACCGCACAAGGAUUCUCCACAUUCACACCCACUAAGGACAGCUACACCAAGCAUCCUACCCAACAUCCUAAUGAAAAUAGGUAAUACACCAAUGGUACGCAUGAACAAGAUCCCCAAGACCUUUGAACUCAAGUGUGAGCUGUUGGCAAAGUGUGAGUUUUUCAAUGCUGGCGGAAGUGUGAAGGACAGGAUCAGUCUGCGCAUGAUUGAGGAUGCAGAGAGAGACGGCGUCCUAAAACCUGGAGAUACAAUCAUAGAACCCACCUCAGGAAACACUGGUAUUGGUCUCGCUCUUGCUGCUGCCGUGAAGGGGUACCGCUGCAUCAUUGUCAUGCCAGAGAAGAUGAGUAUGGAGAAGGUGGAUGUGUUAAGAGCCCUGGGGGCAGAGAUCGUCCGCACACCUACGAGUGCUCGUUUUGACUCACCUGAGUCCCAUGUGGGUGUGGCGUGGCGCCUGAAGAAUGAGAUCCCCAACUCUCACAUCCUGGAUCAGUAUCGCAAUCCCAGCAACCCCCUGGCUCACUACGACAACACUGCUGAGGAGAUACUGGAACAGUGUGAUGGGAAAGUGGACAUGCUGGUGGCAGGAGCCGGCACUGGGGGCACCAUUACUGGAAUUGCUCGCAAGCUAAAAGAGAAAUGCCCCAACAUUAAGAUCAUUGGUGUGGACCCAGAGGGAUCUAUUCUGGCUGAGCCAGACGAGCUGAAUCGGACUGAUAAGACUCAGUAUGAGGUGGAGGGCAUCGGUUAUGACUUUAUUCCUACUGUGCUUGACAGAUCUGUUGUGGAUAGCUGGUACAAGUCCAAUGAUGAAGAAUCCUUUGCUGUGGCUCGCAUGCUCAUCAGAGACGAGGGUCUGCUAUGUGGUGGCAGUUCAGGCACAGCCAUGGCAGCAGCGGUGAAGGUCGCUAAAGAGCUGAAAGAAGGACAGCGCUGUGUGGUCAUCCUCCCUGACUCCAUCCGUAACUACAUGUCCAAGUUCCUGAGUGACAAGUGGAUGUUCCAAAAGGGCUUCCUUACAGCGGAAGACAUCAUGACUAACAAACCCUGGUGGUGGAAUCUAAGAUUGCAGAAUCUGAACCUCUCUGCUCCUCUUACUGUUCUACCCACAGUUAGCUGUCAGAAAACCAUCCAGAUUCUAAAAGAAAAGGGCUUUGAUCAAGCACCAGUCUUGGAUGAGGCUGGGGCUAUUCUUGGUAUGGUAACUCUGGGAAACAUGUUAGCUUCUGUGCUUGCUGGCAAGGUGAAGCCCUCUGACCCAGUCAGCAAAGUGCUUUACAAGCAGUUCAAACAGAUUUGUCUAACUGAUAAUCUUGGAAAGCUCUCUCGCAUCCUGGAGACGGAUCACUUCGCCCUGGUGGUGCACAAACAGAUUCAGUAUUUGACAGAUGGGUCCACCAGUAUGAAGCACAUGGUAUUUGGAGUAGUGACAGCCAUCGAUUUACUCAACUUCGUCACAGCUUACAAGAAACGGGAACGAUCAGUAUCUGAAUGUACAGACGAACAGUGAUUAGGCCUGUUUAACCUCUGCCUGUGUGUAAAUGGUUUCAGUUCUAGGAGUUUUUGGUUAUGAGCCCAACUGAGCAUAUGCAAACAAAGAUUUUGCUUCUUGUGUAUUUUGGUAGUGAUAAUGAUGUAUGUGUCUUAUUUGUUCCAACAAAUGCUCUGAACUGUAACGAUGUAAAGGAAUCAUUCACUAUAAAAUCCAGUCUCCUUACAUUACUUGUCUUCAGCCGUAAUAAUGUUUGGUGACUGACAGUUGUUUGGUUAUUUAGAAUAGUUGUAAAUCAAGGCUUUGAAACAAAUGAAGUUUAUAUAUCAGUGUUUAAAUUAGCACUGUGGCUGUGUAGUGAUGGUGUAAAAUGUCCUAGCAAGACAUGUCCAUAAUGGCUAUUCCCAUGUUACCACAUUCAGUUAAACAUGAACGGGGUGCUCUUAAAGUCUCACCUGAGAUCUUUACUGAACAGUUACUUUACAUGAUUCUCAAUAUCUAAAGAAGCAAAUGUAAAACACCAGAUGUCUAUCAGCUAGUAAACUUCAUUUAAGGAAAGUUAAUAAUUGUGAAAAUUAGAUUUUGCUCAAUAAUUUCUUUAAAAUAAUUAUUUACAAUUGAAAAUUAAAUGAUAAGAUUAAACAGUAAUUUUGGGUAUCUGUUAUCUUUGGAUUAGUGUUUGUGUGAUCAGUUUAAACUGAUUUUAAGAGAUAUUAAAACAAGUAUUUUGUCCUUAAAUAUAAUCGGCAUUUUCCCCUUUUUCACUCUAAAUGUUGUGAAAAGUUGUUAUUGUAUACGUUUGUCAUUUUUAAGUAAGAAAAUAAAUAAAAGCUCUAUAAUGUGUGUCAAGUA